AGUCUAGUACAGUCGUCCACUUCAUUAUUUCAUAAAUAAUGUAAAGACAAUAUUCACUUCUUUAGGUGAUUAACUAGUAGUUAUGAUUUGAGAACUUGUUUGUUGCAAGCCAAAACAAAAGUGGCCUUCUUUGAACGAGUUCCCCUACUUGCAUUUCCGAGGCCGACGGGUAAAUCAGUAAACUGUUGUGACAAUUGUUUUUAGCUAAAGUUGUAAAUAAACUUUUACUGAUUAUGUAGACAUGAUCAGCUAUAGUAUCAGAGGAGAUGUAUGAAUUAUAGAUUUAAUUUAGACACUGAUUUAAUUUAAUACUAAGUGUUGUGCACAUUCCAGCUGUGCAAGAUGAGGCUAAAAAAAUCCAAAAUUCGCCAUGUCAAACAGCAAAUGCUAGACAAACUAAAGUUAAGUAAGCCUGCAGUGUAUGAUCCUGAGUUUAAAAAAACAGUUGUCUCAUUUGCUGAAAAGAAAGGAAAUAAGGAAGCUAGAAGGCUGUAUGGAGUGCCUGAAUACAAUAUUAGAAGGUGGAGGGGAAAGACUAGACUUCAUUCGCAGGCACCUGAAAUACCUGAAAUUGUUCCUAAAAUAGUACCAAAGCGGGAAGUUGAUACGUUAGAUUCUAUGCCCCUUCAGCAACGUCUUAAAGCUCCUGCAACAUCAACUCCACCACCUGAAUCACCUGAGCAAGUAUUACAAAGUCAACCGCUCUCCCCUACCAAAUUAAAAGUAACAAGACAUGUCAAACCAUCCGCCCCAUCACCGGUUCAACUUCCACCGCCGCCACCAACUCCACCGAUUGAAGAAGUUUGUCUUAGAUGGAAUAGCCAUCACUCUAAUAUGCAGACCACUUUUCCCAGUUUGCUGCUUAGAGAACAGUAUGUCGAUGCCACCCUAGUAGCUGAAGGACAAACUCUGAAAUGCCACAGGGUAAUUCUGUCCUCGUGUAGUCCCUAUUUUGAAGAAGUUCUUGCGAGUAUCAGUCCUUAUCAACACCCAGUACUUUUUAUGAAAGAUGUGCCGUUUUGGACGUUAAAAUGCAUAUGUGACUUUAUGUAUUCAGGAGAAAUUCACAUUAUUCAAACCAAACUAGAUGAACUCUUAGCCAUUGCGGAGACAUUAAAGAUAAAGGGAUUAGCUGGCCAAAAAGAUGCUCAAACCGUUGACACCAAACCAGAUCUGACAAUUCCUAUCAAGGAGGAAAAAAACGAUGAAAAAAAAGAUGAAAAAGAAGUGAAGAAAAAGGACGAAGUAAAGAAGAAAGAUGAAAAAGAAAUAAAGAGAAAAGACGAAAAAGAAAUAAAGAAAAAAGAAGAGAAAGAAGUAAAGAAGAAGGAUGAAAAAGAGUUAAAAAAGAAAGAAGAAAAGGAAAUAAAGAGAAAAGACGAGAAAGAAAUAAAGAAAAAGGAAGAGAAAGAAAUAAAGAAAAAGGAAGAGAAAGAAAUAAAGAAAAAGGAAGAGAAAGAAAUAAAGAAAAAGGAAGAGAAAGAAAUAAAGAAAAAAGAGGAGAAAGAAAUAAAGAAAAAGGAGGAAAAAGAAAUAAAGAAAAAAGACGAAAAGGAACUUAAAAAGAAGGAAGAAAUAAAGGUACCUGAAAUAAAACCACCUAAACGAAAAGAAGACAAGGAAAUUAAGAAGAAAGAUGAGAAAGAAGCCAAAAAGAAAGAAGAAAUAAAAGAAGUAAAAGAAAAGAAAAGAACUUUAUCAACUCCUCCACCAGAAGUGCCAGUAUUAAAAAGUAGAAAGGUACCCAAACUGGUGCUUCACGGUAAUAUACCAGUUUUAAAAAGUUUUGGUAUAAGGGCACGAGGUAGGCCUGUGGGGAUAUCAAAAAGAUCCGAAAAGAAAUUAGAAAAAGAGAAACAACCCUUAAGCGAUAAACAACAAAAAAUACCCAUAACCAAAGAUUCACCAGGUCCUAGUUUUUCAAAUCCUUAUGAUUUGUUAAAGCCUGUUUAUGAAGAAGUUGCUAAAAACUUGGAUCCAAAACCUGCUAAAGUGGUACCUACAAAAGAAACAGUGAGGCGCACAUUACAAAAGAAGCUUAAGAAAAGGAAGAUUUCAGACACAAGAGAAGAAUCUCCACCACCUACCAGUUCUCGUAAAGGACGUCGCAGAAAAGUUCCUAAGUACUCACACCCAAAUCCACUGGCUAACCUUGACCAGUCUACAAUAGUCAGAGAACCACAUACAGAUCAAGCUGAAUCUUUUCUCCAGAUGCAGGCUAUGCAGGCGAUAAAAGCUGAACCUCUCUAUGAAGAAGCUAUAGAAAUUGAAGACAAUCUAGUAGGUUUUAGCGAAACUGCCGUGUCUGUAGAAGAAAAACUAAUUGGAAGUUUAGGUAGGAGGACUACAAGAAGAUCCAAGCAACAUAUCAUAAUGGACGUGAAUAAAAUUGCUAACAAACCAGAGGAACCUAUUUUGAAGAUAGUGAAUGUGGCUGAACUGAAAGGACCGACGGAUCCUUUGGAAGACCCAUUAGGUUUAAACCAAAGUAGUUCAGAUAGUACUGCCAUUGUGGAAAAUGCCGAUAACGACCUGGGGUUUCGUAUUAGUCAAGUAAUGACUGAAAAAGAAGAUAGCAGAUCUUCCGACGUUUGUAGAGAAAUGGGAUUUCAAAUUAGUAGCAUUGUAAGUGAACACGAAAAAGACAAUAAGAUGGAUGAAGUGACAACGAAAAUUGAAGCACCAGAUGAGGAGGAAGAAGUUUUUAAUGAAUAUGAAGAUUCAACGUCUCAGCCCGAGGAUCAGAAACCUAUUUUGCCGAUUCUAGAAGAAGCAAACAAAGAGUCAGCGAAUAUUUGUCGCGCAAUUGAUCAAUCAGACAAUUCCAGUCUGUCGAGAAAAACACAGGAAGGAAUAACUGAAUCAGUGAAUACUACCCAGGAAUUUAAUCUAGAUAACACAACUGAUAUAACUUUCAAAAUAAAAACGGAAUUACUCACUGAAACAGAAAAUGAACCUGAGAUAAGUCAAGAAGAAGAAGAUGGUCUUCUUAAUGCAUUUGAUGAUGAAGCUGACGAAGUUGAGGACCACUCAACUGAUCCCAUGGAAAUGGGUCACGAAUCUGAACAUUCUAUAGGUCAUGCUCAUGAAAUUGUAACUGCAUCUAAUGCCUCUUUGGAAAGUGAAAUGAUAACGCAAAUAGAAGUUGCAGAAAAUGUUGAACAUGUUGUGAGCCAUCCAAAAUGUUUAGAUCCGGUGGGAGUCCCUACGGAUGAAUCAUUGUCCCAACAAUCCCUGCUUGAUGGAAGCAGUUCAGGUGAAACCACUUUAGAUAACUUAAGACAUUCGGAAGUGACAGAACACACAGCAGAAAGAUCGACCUAUGCAACUAUUGAUGUCAACAACGAAUCAGUCAUCAAUAAUGAAGAAAGUGCUUCCUUUUUACCACUGGGUACCAUUGCUCCCAGUGAUAAUCAGUUAACUCCUCAGGAUAGUUUACCAAGCCCCAAACCAUCUGAGUUUUCUCUUACGAAUGAUGAUGAAAAACUUUCGUAUGUAGCAAAUACUGAAGUAGAUCCCCUCAAUGAAGAUCAUCUUAUGGAUGACGAUUUUAACGACGAUUCAAAUCAGAUAAUUGAAACUAAUGAUUUUGUGAAGAGUCCACAGACUAUAAAUGAGAGUUUGGAAAAGGAUUUAGACAUACUCGAACCUAAAAUAGGCCCAGUAUCUGGUUGUUCGAGUACUCAACAUUCAAGAGAUACUUCAGUUGAAACAUCUCUUGAUAUAGGAUCAGAUAAGCUAGAAAACGUGUCACAACCAAUUGACGGGAAUUUAGAAACGCAUGAAGAAAUACAAGCACCUGAAAUGUCCCUUUUCUGCGCAAACUUAUCGAUGGAAGAAGAUUUUAGAAAUGAGAACGAAGAAUCGAUUGAAGAUAGAUCGGUUGAACAAGAAAAUACUAUAGUGAAUUUUGAAGAAAAUCGUUUAAAUUCCCCGAAAGAUAAUUCACCAAUCAAUACAGAUUUGGACAAAGAAAUAAAUAUUCCUGAUUCAUCAAAUGAUCUUAAUGAUAUAUCUAAUAACGAAAAUAACCCACAAUUUAAUGACAAUCUGAAUGAGGAAACUAGAAUGGAUACACCUCAAGAGAAUCAUAAAAUUGAUCAGCAGUUGGCUCUAGAUAAGGAAGGAACUUCACAAAUAGAAGAAUGUCAGGACAAAGAAAUAACUCCAGUUGCUAUACGUGAUACUUCACCAAUUAAUGUGAAUCAGGCUCAAAACAAAGAAGACAUUGGAAAUGAAGCAUCAGAAUUUGGCAUAAGUGAAAAUUAUGAUGAAAAUCAACAAAUAGAUUAUGAAAAAAAUUCUAUAAAUAUGCUGCACACUGAACCUGAUCGACAAAGUUUACAUUCACAACCAGAAAAAGAGGAAGAGUGUUUAGAUUUAAAUCAGCAACUUUUAUUAACAGAAAAUGAUCAAAUGGAAGAAGAGUAUGAGAAAGAAGAUUACUUACAUAGCCCACAUGGUUUAUCUGACCAAGAAAAUUUAAAUAUGUCUCAAGAAAAUCAGAUGAUGGAAGAAGAAUAUGAUCAGGAAAUGUUAAAUAUACAACAAGGCGACUUUGGUAAUGAUAAUAAUACACCUCAAGAAAGUCAACUACUAAUGGAUGAAGAUAAACCUCCCGAUGUUAAUCAAGUUCCACUAGUAGAUGAUGGUUUUCAAACGGAAAGUGGUUCUGUUGCAAUGGACUACGAAGAAGAAGAGAAUAAUGCCAUAGUAGAGCCUGAAACGACUUUGGAUGAAAAUAAAAUUAACUUCAACCAAGGUGAUAGUUCUAAUAUUCCUCAAUAUGAUACGACUGAGUCAAUGCAAGAAGAUGAAAAUAAAAUAGACUUCAAUCAAAGCCACAGUUCUAAUAUUCCCCAAUAUGAUGUGACUGAGUCGAUGCAAGAAGAUGAAAAUCAAAUAAACGUCAAUCAAAGCCACAGUUCUAAUAUUCCUCAAUAUAGCAUAGCAGAGUCGAUGCAAGAAGAUCCUACAAAUAUUGAUGGAAGUGUUAAUAAUGAAAAUUCUUUGAAUACCGAAAUGCUUGACGAAAAUACAGAAUUAAAUACACCCGCUGUUGAAACAUGUGACAUUUCAAAUAUGCCAGAAUCUCUUCCUCAUGUUGAAAAUGAGGCACUAGAUGAAGGUAGUUCAAAUUUAACUCCCAUAAGUGAACCUCUAUAUUCUACAAAUACCGGAGAUGAUGAAAUGGACACUAAUAUAAUUCCUUUUGAAGAAGAACAACAUUGCGAUAACAAUGACAAAAUAAUGUCCAUGAACGACGGAAUUGAGCCUCCUGUCUAUGACAGUGAUCCAACACUAUUAACACAGCCUGAUAUACCUCCAUUUGAAGUUAGUCAGUCGGGUGAUAAUUCAAAUAAUCUAGGUAUGCCAUCAUCCAGUGUAACUGCGUUUGAUACUUUAGAUAAUGAAACUGAUAAUACAUCACCCGUAGUAGAUCCAUAUUUACAAAAUUUUAACCAAAUACAGACUGAAAGUUUACAGACUGAUGAAGCGAGUGGUUCAAACGAACCAGACUCUCCCACUGCUCAUGAAGUAAAUGAACAAAGUAGUUCGAUUGAACCAGACUUUCAAAUUGAUCGUUCAAACGAACCAGACUCUCCCACUGCUCAUGAAGUAAAUGAACAAAGUAGUUCGGUUGAACCAGACUUUCAAAUUGAUCGUGAAGUAAGUGAACAAUGUAGUUCAAAUGAACCAGAAUUUCAAAUUGCCGGUGAAAUAAAUGAACAAAAUAGUUCAAAUGAAUCACAAGAUCACAUUUUUCAUGUAGAAAAUGAAGAAAGUAGCUCAAAUGAUCCAGCGUUCAGGAAUGAAGCGAGUACUUUAAAUGAACCAGACUUUCACACUGCUCAUGAGGUAAGUGAACAAAGUAGUUCAAAUGCACCAGACCUUCAAAUUGCUCAUGAAGAACUAAAUGAGCAAAAUAGUUCAAAUGAACAGGACUUUAACAUUACUCGAGUAGUAAAUGAACAAAGUUGUUCAAAUGAUCCAGAAUUUAGCAGUGCCCAACCAGGAAACGAACCUGGUUUUCAUAUAGCACAGGUGGUGAAUGAACAAAUAGCCGAAAUAGAGGGUAUUAGAGAUAAACGACAACUUGUCGGUGAUAAUAGCGAUACGAAUGAACGGUGUGAGAAAGUUAAUACUAGUAGCGAUUUGGAGUCUAUUGUGAAUGAUUUGUCGCAGAUGGUAGGUGAUUCUUGCGGAGUGACAGAUUUACCACUUACAGAUGACACCAAUUCCAUUGCAGAUAGUCUUGAGAAUCUCUUACAGAAAUAAAUACAUAAUUAAAUACAAACGCAAGAUCUUGGAUUGAAGAUUUGUUCAUAUAUUUGUUGUGGGGCAUACCUCACGUGCUGCUAUUGAAUUAAGCAACUUAUCUUGUUUAUUUGGAACUGCGAAAAGCGAACGACAUUAUUUUUGUGAUAAAACAUAUUUUGCCGUGCAGUUGAUGCCUAUUUUAACAAAUAUUCGUGUUUACCUUGAGUCAAGGAUACAAGCAAGUUUAUAAUAGAACAUUUUUCAUUUGUUUCAAGUAAAUAAGAUAGUUUUACUUUUAUAAUUUGCAAAACUUUUGGUGCAGUAAGUGUAUAAAGUGUUUUUACGUUCGUUUCACAUUCUUAUAAACAGAUUAUUAUAUUUAAAGACAUCAUACUCUCUUUAUUAGAUCAUAUUCACUGCUUACUAUAAGGACAAUUUUUUAACUGGUUUAUAUUAGUUCUACACAUUUGGAAAUUUCAUUUAUUAGUAAACGCUGAUUUACACAUGAGGUACUCAGAGCAACAGUGGCCUAACUCACAUCCCACAAUUUUACCAAAACGCUGUUAUUACAUUAAAGUUAUGCAUUACUUAAGUAUUUUCAGAUGCAGAGUGGCUCAAGCAACCAUUGCUUUUUGCAUUUUGGUAAAAUUGUGGGAUGUGGGUUUGGCCACUGUUGCUCUGAGCGCCUCACAUGUUGGUCCACUCAGAAAAAUAAGGUGGAGAGACUCAAUACUCAAUUUCAUCUUCACCGUGUUCACUAUUGCAACACAAUCUAAACACAUCUAAAAAAAACCUUGUUGAAUUAUCAGCGUGUAGGCUUUACCACUGAUGUUUAGUGGGUCUAUGUAGGCCGUGGUCUCACUAUUUAAGGCGAUUACUUCUCGAAUAUAUGCGCUAUUUAUUUAUUUAUGUCUUUAGACUUGCAAAUUAAAGAAGCCUCGGAGGUGUUACCAGAGAAGGUUCCCAUUGUUUUCAGUCUGGUAGUAUGUAGAGUAACAUAUGUAUUUUGAUGUUGUUUUAUGUGCUAUUAGAUUGAAAACUUAGUUUUUUGCUAGCAGUUGCCGCUAGGGCAUCCCUGCCAUUUCGUUCGUUGCAAUCCGUGACUGCACGCCGGGGUUUGUCCUAGUUGGGUCAGAGAGAGCAGCAUAUGUGCCUCCUGAUGAGAGACUAAUAAGUUUCGAAACCGGUAGAGGUGCUUGCUGCACUUUCUGAUUGAACUGGAAUAAUGAUGCGGCUGUAGUUUCGUGUUGCAACGAAAUUGAAAAUGAUUAUUAAUUUUUGAUUUAUGUCUUUGUGUGUUCCCGGACUGUGUGGUUUGGUCUGAAUCGGUAUCGGAAUUUUCGUUAAGUACCGACAGAGCUUUAAUAUUUCGUAGUACAGUCGAACUCGCUUAUUAGAAUACUAUAUAUUAAGGAAUAGAAAUUUGAAGUCCCGAAACGUUUCUACUAGCCAUCAAUGAUCGGUUAUUGACAUAUCCCGGGUAUAGGAAUACUUUUCUUUGGCACGAAGGCUAUUUCAAUAAGCGGGUUUGACUGCAUUUCUAUUUCAAUAGUCUCUCUGAACAUCCAUGUGAUUGGAAGGUUGUCUGUCAAAGACACCAAUUGAUCCUUCGAAGUAACCAUGGCGACAAUUCGUCUUCUGUUGUGCCUUGUCUGUGGUCAGGCGUUGGAAGUCAUGUCGACAAUAUUAUGGAAUCUUUCUCUGUCAACAGUCAUUCGAAACUUUAUAUAACCAAGAUUCCAAUUCCUUAGAAUGAGUCUUCCAGAAUGAGUAAUGACGAUAUGACAAAAGAAUAAAGUUUUUCUUCUUUUAAUUGAGUUUAGCAGUUUUCUUCACGCUAAUCAUCAUUCUAAAUACCUCCUUUUUGGUAAUGUGUGUACUCAACGGUAUCUUCACAAUUGACAAUAACACCACAGCCCCGAACGCUUCUAACCUUUCUAUAGUAGUUGUUACUCGUAAGUCCCACACACGUAUGUAUAGAAGAAUUAACAAAAUAACGCUUCAAGAUUUGUUUUGGGUAGGUGCUUAGAUAUGUUUCUGUUGCAUAAUAUCGUUUUCCAAGACAUGAACGCCUUGCGAGAUAGAGCAAUUCUGGAAAGAAUUUUCUUGUCAGAAUCACUAUUAGUAUUUAGUCGGCUCUCAAGGUAUUUGACAUUUUCUACCCCUUUAACAAUGCCACCGUUCAGCACGAGAUGAUUUGUACUUCAUUUAGUUUUCGUGAUAUUGGUAUUAACAUUGUUAAUUAGGUGGUAUUAACACCAGAUUAACAACAAUCUGAAGGUAUUUCAAGCUUUUAAUAUUGCUGUCAUCGACGUAUUUCAUCUUAUUUAUUAUUUCUAUGUACCACUAUGGGAUUUUUUGAGUGCAAACAUGGUUGAUGACAACACAUAUAUGUCUGCCUCAUUCUUCUUUUAUUUGAAUCCUUGUAUUGAUACGGUCUAUUUUUUGACCGCGGAUUGAUGGUCCUAAAGUUGUUUGAAUAGUCUCAGACAUAGUUGUGAGGUCCAACUAAUUCUAUAUAUUCAAGGUCGUACUGAACUAGAUCAAAUGCCUUUUCAAAGGAUAUCCAAGAACCAUAGACGUUUUUUGCUUAAUUUGAACGAAAAAAAAAGAAAAUAACGCUAGUAAUAUUUGAACUUAUAUUCCCACAAAGCACGUUCAUUUUUAAGUUUUACGUCUCUGUGUUAAUAAUCCAACGAUGUCGUUGCAGCUUACUCUACUGUGUAGCUGGUUAUUCUUCUUGAUAUGCUUAUCCGUGACGAAUGUUGGUGAUCAUCAUGGCAAUCUUUAUCUUAUCUGCAGCUGUCCGGAAACUGAGGUUCUGAGUUUCUGCAACCAGGAUGUUCUUCUUUCUGGACCUCGCUUUCCAAAUAUUUCUCCUUGCAGGAUGGAUUGUAGGAGGGCAUAUUUGGAUUCGUUUCGCAUAAUGUGUCAGACGUAUUUUAACUUUCGAGAUUUGAUGGUGUACCUCUUGGUUCUUCUUCAUUCUUCUGAGGAACGCUUCAUUUGUGACUCGGUCAGUCCUCUGAAUUUAAAGUAUUUUCCAUAAAAAAAAAACAAGUAUCCCACAUAAUUUUUUAUUUACAGAGGACACGUAGGAUCGCAGCGUUCUUACUUUUAUACCAAGAGAGAAGUUGUGGCUCAUGGAUCUUCUUGGUUAUUAGUUCAGUCUUCGUUUAUUACGGUGCCAAAGUAGUUGUGUGUGUUGAGGUAGUUGUGUGUGUUACUUUCUCUAUAAGGGUUUGGUUGACGUAUAGUUGACCUUGUGUUAUCUUUUUCUUGCUAAUGAUCAUAAGCUUUGACUGCUUUACAAAUAUUGAGAGAUAUUGUAGAUAUUGAGUCCAUAUUCUUGAUUGUGAUACGUGAUUUUGUUCAUAAGAACUUGCAGGUCUUCUAGGUUUGUCCAAAAAUAGUGUCAUCUGUAGGUAUGGUCGAAGCGAAGAUCGGUGGGAUAUGCGCAUUUUAUCAAUGAAACUCGAUAUUUUUAAGAUAUUCCAGAAGCCGUUACAGAAAAUGUUUUAACAAUCUAUUAAUAAUUCAGAAUUAGUCGACGGAUAUUAGUACAGUUAAAAUAAUUAAGACGAUAACCGGACAAUAAUGAUUUAAUGGGUGAAAUUUUAAGUUUUUUUUUACUUUAAUGACAAAAAAAGCAAGCCCAUUAGCAGAACCCUAUUAAAAAUUAUUUUGCACAUCAUAUUUGAAACAUUAUUGGUUGAAAAAUCUCACUUUUGUUGUCAAAAAAAAAUAUAUUAAUUUGUUUGGACUAAAUUACAGUUGUGUUUAUCUUAAAAAGGAUAUGUUACUAUCAACAUUCACACAGUGUUGCCAAACUGAAUUUUGAUAUUUUGAGUGAAAAUUUUCCCAGCGAUCUCCGAGGGUACAAUACAUCUGAUGUUGUUUAGCCGUACCCAUUUAGUAGAAUAUCUUUUUCAGUUUCGUGCUGUAUAAGAUUAGAGGAGACAAAAUACAGCCUUGCCUCACUCCACGCAUAAUUUUCACGCAUUCGGUGAAUUCACCUUCAAUUCUGAGAUUUGUGGUCUGAUUCCAGUAAAGGUUUCUAAAUAUUUUCAGAUCUUUGUUGUUAAUUCACGCUUCUUUUAGUAUGUGCAUCCUCUUGGCGUGCUGUACUCAACCAAACCCUUUCUCGUAAUCAACCAGGCAUGCGUAUACGUCGAAUAAAUAUAGUGGGAAUAAGACUUGUAUUUUGAACAAAGCCUCUCUCGUACCAACAGCAUUUAUGAACCCAAACUGGUUUGGGGAAAUUCGACUUUCGCACAGCCUGUAAAUUAUCUCUAGGAACAAUUUUAGAUGACUCAUGAGGCUUAUCGUUUAGCUGGCACUACCACCUUAUUAGGUCGAGUUGACUGAUAUUAAUAAAUGCGUGUUAAUACUGAGCACCUUUUUAUAUAAAACAGUAUUGUUAUUGAUAUCUCCAGUAAAAUAAUAACUUACUUCAUUAACGACCUUGUUAACAGUGUAGUGUGAUAAUCAAUUAAUUUUGUUAAUGUCCGACUGGUAUAUUAUUUGACAAAUAAUGACGUGAUUUCAAAGUCAGUUAAAUAUAUAUUUCCCUAGGGCGUUAUUUUUCAAAAUAACACCCUAGGGCAGCGAUACUCGACCUUUUUCUUUCCUGGGCCACAUAAUAGCUAUUGUCACAGCUUGCGGGCCGCAAUCAAGAUGAAGUAGUAUACAGGAUAUUUCAUUGGGAAACGGAAAUACUUGAAUGGUGAAUAGAGGUAAAUGAGGCGGUUCUAGACAUACUAAAUUUAUUGCUCCACCGACUUUAUAACCGAGUUACAGGGUGUUUUAUCGAUUUUGCCCAUUUUUUUCUGGACCCAUAACUUUAGAACCCCCUUGUAUAUUUUUUUGAUAUUUGGUACACAUGUGUCACAUUUAGAAUCCAAACCACCCAACUACUAAUCACAAGAAAAAUCCAGGUCCGGAUUAAACAAAAUUAUAAAUCCAUUGCGACCUUGAAACAACAUCCUGUAUAUUGAACUUUUCAAAAGCCGUUUGCACAUUUGAAAAGAGCUUUAAUGAAGCUUCCAUUUUUUGCGCAGACAAUUCAAUGACUUUAAUUUUGAAAUUAUGUCGAAAUUUUUAAGAACUCGAACUUUCAAAACAAAAAUUUCGAUAUAACUUUAAAAUGAAUGUCAUUAAAUUAUCUGCGCAAAAAAUUGAAGCGAGCAAUUAAACUUAGUUUUUUGUGCUCUUUUCAAAUGUGCAGACGAAUUUUGAAAAUUUUAAUAUACAGAGUUGUUUCAAGGUUACAAUUAUGUAUUUUAAAUUUUUUUUGUUAACCCGGACCUGAAUUUUUCUUGUGAUUAAUAAAUGGGUCGUUGCAAUGUAGUAAAUAAGUAUUGAUUAUUUUUAAAAUGAGUGUGUUCAUUAACUUUAAUAAUUUAUUAUUAAAAGUUAAUAGUACCCUGCUUUUUAAUCAGAGUUCUUAAAAAUUUCAAUAUUUAAAAAAAGUCAUUAAAUUGUCUGCCUCACGCUCAAACACGCCUCAAACACAUCGGCACACGUGAAAUUUGACAAAUAAUUUGAUCACAGGGCCCUUUAGUUAGCCUUCGGGCCGCAUAAAAAACGCUAGAGGGCCGCAGGUUGAGUAUUACUGGUCUAGGGUAUUAAAUUUAAAUAACUUACUGUCAAGUUGACAAAUAAAAACCUAAGUAAAAAUAUGGUUACCACAAUUACGUUACGACUAUUGCUGGUAAAUGUACUUAUGUGAAAACUAAUUUAUUCAAAUUUUUUGCAUAUAAAGUAUAUUUAGUCGGACAUUAAACGUUAAAGGCACCACGGGUAUUAUGGAUAAUAAUGCUUUCGGUCAACUUAUAUCCCUCGGGCCAAAGGCCUUCGGGAUACGCACCAUUGACAUCAAGCGUUAUUAUCCUUAUAAUACCAUUGGUACCUUAAUAACUAUAACGAGACUGGAUGUGUCGACCCGCUCGGCUAAAACGGGGUCGUUAGCAAGACGAUUGUCAGUAUUCACUGUUAAAAUCAUUCUGGCAUUAUAUAAAAACUUGACCUAGUCAAGUAUCAGGAAGAAUCAUUUUCUACUGAUGCAAUCCAUUUUUAAGCAUAAAAAUCUGUUAUUUUUUACUAAUUUAAAAUUUAUUGAACAUUCCAAUUCCUUGUAAAACUUGGUUUAUAUAUUUUUUUAUCGGAGAUAAUUCAAAAAAGAAUCUGUUGCUUUUAAUAUGACAUUUUGUUACAUUUUUUGCUAUUACUAAGUAUGUACACACUAAUUGAGACUGAGAUUUCAAAAAUCUUCGAUCUAAGUUUUAUGUAAUAAGAAUAUUGUCCCUUGUAUUAGGUUUAAACUAGAUGUAACCUAUUAGAGUACUGAUUAAGGCUUAGAAAUCAUUAGUGAAUCUUUUGUUUUUAUAUGGUAGUGUUGUAUAUAAAAAUAUUUUGAAUUUAUGUUUCUAGUAGUAGUUAUUUCUAUGUAUGCAUUAAGUGUGUAUGGUAUUCUUUUAGAUAAUUGGUGAAUUGUGCUCAUAUGGAGACUUUUUUAUGCAGUAGAAUACUAAAAAAAAACAAGUGGACCCUUUAUAAAAGAUAUAUUAAUUAAAGUUUACUAAAAAGGGCUACAUCACCAGCAGAACUAGUUUUCAAUCUGAUAACAGAUCAUCAUCAGUGCUGAGCUAAAAUAAGUAUAUAACCUAAUAAGUUAAAGCAAAAUUUUUGAAAUGUUGACUAAAGUUAAAAAAGAUAUAGGUUAUACUCACAAGAUGCUGACAUGCUAACCACCAAAAUACAAAAAUAUUAGGGUAAAAUCCCUGUAAACUCAACAGUCAUGGAAACAUUGACUAUAAUUAUUAAAUUAAACAUGGAUGCACAAGAUAUCACAUGUAUUAUGCCCAGGGUACCAUCUAUAACAACUCAAUUUGGUGUCAGAUGGUACCCUGGGCAUAAUACAUGUGAUAUCUGGUGCAUCCAUGUUUAAUUUAAUAAUUAUAAUCAAUGUUUCCAUGACUGAUUGAGUUUACAGGGUUUUUACCCUAAUAUUUUCAUUUUGGUGGUUAGCAUGUCAGCAUCUUGUGAGUAUAACAUAUAUCUCUUUUUUUAACUUAGUCAAACAUUUCAAAAAUUUUGCUUUAACUUAUUGGGUUAUAUACUUAUUUUAGCUCAGCAUUGAUGAUGAUCUGUUAUCAGAUUGAAAACUAGUUCUGCUUGUGAUGUAGCCUUUUUUAGGGAAUUUGAAUUAAUAUAUCUUUUAUAAAGGAUUUUACUUGUUUUUUUUUUGUAAUAUAUGGUAUACAGCCAGCCACAGGAAAACCUUUUUCCUUGUGGAUUAAUAAUAAACAAGUUCGCAUACUGACACCAAAUGUGAUCGGGUAAAUUAGGUAAUCAUUCAAAGAUUUGGCUUAUGUCGUCACUGAUGUUACAGCCCUAGAGUAGAACCUCAACAUGUCUUCUUCGCCUUUCAGUCUUAUUCACUGGCCAGUUUGUCACCGAUUUCCCUAGCAUCUUCAUUCACAUCAUACUUCCGGCUAAGUUUCAACCUACCUCUCUGUCUAUUUUCCCCAGGCUGUGCCAUAAGGAUUCGUCUGGGAGGGUCUGUUAUGAUCUUUUUUUAUGACAGAUGUCACUUUUCCAGUUGAUAUGUGUUUGUAUUUUGAUUUGACUAUUUCACAGUUUUACGUCCUCUUAGGAGGAUUAGUUUAGAAUCUUUUAUUUAAAGAUAAGUAAACUAUUCUAAUCUGCUUGUGUCGGAUUUAUAGGGCAGCACAGCUAAAAUAAAAGUUUUCUACAUCCUUGUUUUUAUUGUCUGGCUUAAGUUUCUAUUUUUCGUUGUCUUCCCAGCAUAAAGUGAGUGAUAUAAUUCUCAUUGGUUGUAAUACGGGGGAGCCUACAGACGUGAAUGUGUCUACUACCUCAAAGCUAGAAUUGUCAACGGUGAAAUUUGACCAGUAUUUCUGGUUCUUUUAUAGACAGUAGAUAUUUCUUUUAAUUUGCUCCUUUUAUAGGCAAGUUAGUCCAAAUCAUCUUUAUUACUGUACUUUGCACACUAAUGCUCUGAAAUGAUUUGUGGUUGUUGUGUUGAACCAAAUCCUUCGCCUUCCUGUUUUUUGGGAAAAUUUCCUUUCCUUCCAGGAAAUUUUCAUUGACGUUCGUUCCAAGAUAGAGGUAUGUAUGUUUUUUUACUCUUUCUAUUCGUUGAUCUUUGUCUAUCUAAAUUGCUGUUCCUUCUUAGAUCAUUAUUUGUUGUAGUUGUUCCAUCAUACAUUUUGUUUUCUUAAUGUUUAGUGAAAGUCGAUAUCACUUAAUUCUGUGAUCCUAUUCAUUAACUUCAUGGAGGGCUUCGUCACUGUCAUCAAAUACCACCGUGUCGUCUGCGGAUCUGAUGUUAUUGAUACUUCUUUUUCUUCUUCCAACUUUAAAAGUAGGCCUCCCCCAAUUCAAUCCAGUGUUUUCUAUUUUGCGCCAGUUGCUUCCACGAUGUCAUCGAUACAUUCUUCGUUUAUUCUAAUUAUGGCUUCAACAUUUUAUACUGCUUCUUGAAAGUUUUCCUCAGACUAUAUGUUGGAACAGCAGAGGUGAUAGUAGCACCCCCCGUUUAAUUUUGAUAUCAUCGGAAUCUCUUAUCUCUUAUGGGUAGACGAUGUUUGAUUCCAGUAAAGAUUGCUAAUAAUUGUCCAGUAAAGAUUGACAAAAGAAGUAGAGGAAGACCACCUACUCGUUGGACUGACGAUCUCAAGAAAUUUGAUGCAAAGUGCUCAAAAUAGAGCACAAUGGACAAAAAUGAGGGAGGCCUAUGUCCACCAGUGGGCACAAAGGGCUGGAUGAUGAUGAUGAUGAAAGAUUGUUAACAUCUCCAUCAGCUUGUCGCUCUGGAAUCAUCUGCAUAUAUGCAAUUUGCUACGAUUACUAAAACUAGUUUCCCUAUUAAUUCUGCAUUUCUUAUUGCCUUCAUUAAGACGUGUUAAAAAGGGACAAAACACAUCUACCAGCCGCAGUCCGAUAUGUUUCAAUGAUUGUGAACUUUCGCCCUUGUUUGUAUGUUGGGAACUUCUUGCAAUGAAACCAUCACAAUCAUAUUAGUUUGCUGGUGAUAUUAAAUUCGUCCAUAACUGCAACCAUUUACUUCCUAGUACUCUAACAUGUACUGAUUGAAAAUCAGUAGAAAGUAUCGAAAUUGAAGAUGAAAGGUAUCGACAUUAAACUCAUUGGUUUUUGUGGUAUUUGCCAGAAAAAACUCUGAUCUGUUGUUAAUCGACCAGAUCAAAAAACACUUCGAUAUUUGCCAAGGAAUAUGCAGUUAACCGAUCAUAUAUGACUCUAGUUCUUUCAGUUAACAGUUUUUAAAAGUUCGUUUUUUUUCUCUUAAGUAUUUCUCUUCUCGGGUUCUUCUUUGCUGCAUAUGUUUAUAUACAUUAUUCUUUUUUUAUCAAUGUUCUCAAGACUCGGCAUUGAACCAGCCAUGACGUCUACACAUGUCUCACCACUAGUCAGUUGUCAGACGCUCACUGAUAAUGAUUUUGGUUUCAACAUAGUUUUUAAAUCUUCCUAAUAAUUGGAAACCUUUAAUGAGUUUAAUUUUGAAGCAAAUUGUUUCGAAAGGCGUGGAUAUAUUAUUCAAAGCUUCUUUUUAGAAUAAUUUUUUUAUUUCAUUUAACGUUUACAAUGUGCUUCAAUUUUUCUUGUGCUCAGAAGACAAAAUAUUUUAAGGAGUAGACAAAUUCAAGAUAGAGUAGAUAUUAAUGAUUUUUAAUAUUUUUCGAAAGAAUUCGUAAUUACAACUGAUCAUAAGUUAUUUUAUACAAUGGUCUUUUGUGAUUCUGAGAUCCUUUAUAAAAAAGAAUACCAUGCAGUUUUAGGAAGUAUUAUUUGUAAUCUACAACUGCUGUAAAAUAUUUUGAUGUGUUUUCUACCUCUGCAGCUAUAUAACAUCAGUAAUAUAAAUCACCUAGUAAUUUUUAAAGCAUCACUUAUACUAUCUAGUCAGUUUUCUUUAAACAGUCCAAGUAAUGUGCGUUUUAAACACAAACAGAAUUCUCAAAAAAAAGGUAUUAAAAUUAUAAGUUCUCUUAAAAAAUAUAUUGAAUCGUGGGGGGGGGGGGGGUUAUCAUUCAGGAUAAAUAAAGUCGUAAAAUAACUAACUAAUAAUACCUAUGGUUACUUUCUUAAAUCCUGCUAAAGAAUUCAUAAAGCUUAAUAUACUGAAAAGAUUGUCCAGAAUAUACAGUCUUAGUAUAUGUUGGCCUACAACGUUUAUUACAUUGUGUGUGAAAAGUUCCAAUCUUGAAAUAUUUGAUCAAGGUCUCCAGUUUAUCCAAUAGUAGUAGAACUUUUACCUUUUUCUAAUACCUAAUAAUAAACAUGUUUUAACAAUCGGGCAUCUUCUAUAAUCAUAGGCGGCUGAUUCAAUACAAGGAUAUAAAAAAUUAUCAUAAUAAAAUUGGGGAGAAUCAAAACAAAUCAAAGAGGUACUUUUUCAACUACUCGUAUCUCUCUAAACUAUAUUAUUCGAUUAGUAUACGAAAAACAUAGUUUAAGUGUAAGAUAAACCCUUAGUCUCUUUACGGUAUCACUAAAAUUGUUUGUCAUUACAUCCCAAGUACCUAAGCAGACCUGGGGUUGUUUUUAUAAAUUUAUAUUGUGACAUCUGUAUCAUGUAACAUACAGACUGUUUAGUUUUCUAUUAGAUAUACGCACUAUAAAUGGCGACACUGCUUUCCCGCUGCCCACCUAAUGUCGCGGCGAUUCAUUCAAUCAUUCCUCAUUUUACAGUGGCAAUGCAACUCACUCGCAGAAGCAGUGUUGCCGAUUUUAGCGCUUCCUUCAUUGAGGUAUAUCUAAUCAAACACUAAACCGUCUGUAUGUUCUAAAAUAACUCGGGCUUUAUUUUUAACUGAUACUUAAAGUACACACCUUCGAAUAUGUUUGUCUUCUUCUAAUUUUUUUUUUAAAUUCUAAUUGAACCAAUUUAUUUCAACCUGCUUAUUACUAGUAAUUUAAACAUUUAUGGAUUUGAUGCAAUUCGACGAUGUCGGACGUAUAUUUUUUAAUAAUACCUCCAGCCUCAAAUUUGACACACCUUGUAUUUAUGUCCCAAAAGAACUUUAGACCAGCGGUUCUCAACCACCGUGUCGCGACACACUGGUGUGCCGGAAAAACUUAUCAGGUGUGUCGCGAGAUUUACGAAUAGAUAUAUUUUUUUCCUUUAUACGAUAUUUUUUUCCUUUAUACGAUAUUUUGAUUUAUAUUUUUUUACUUGUUUUAAUAUACCAAUCAUGCAUUCAACCAUUUUUGUAACUAUUAGGUAUAUACCACGUUAUACCAAUCAAUAAAGUGCCAAUCCGUAAUUGUUUCCUCUCUAACUGUUUUUAAAAUUUAACCGACAUAACUUGCGUUAUGAAUAGUUGCGCAAAGCGGGAGAUCUUGUUUACUGUACUUACCUCUCACUAGCAAAAAUUUGUACAUAUAAGGGUGUCGCGAAUCUGUAAGGAGUACGUUAGUGCGUCGCUGAGUAAAAAAGGUUAAGAACCGCUGCUUUAGACUAUACCAUUUCUAUCUGAAAUCAUAUAUAAUUUUGUUGACUUAUUGACCCUAGGUUUUUCAUUGGAUCAAAAGGAUGGUAUGUACUCGUCAGGAGUUUUCGCACGCACAAAGACACGGUUUCAAAAGUCUAGUUCUUAAUAAAACUAAGCAAAGACUAAACUCGCUUGGUCGCUUGGUCAAACAAGAGGAAGGCCCCGUAAAAGAUGGAUAGACGACGCUACAGGAAGAGCUUAAAACCAUGAUCAUCAGGCAGUGGCGAAGGAAAGUAUCCGACAGGGUAGAAUGGAAGAAAAUUGUUAAGCAGGCCGACUCACAAAGGAUUGUAGCGCCAUUAGAAGAAGAAAAAGUUCUUAAUAAAGCGAGGCGGAUUUAAAAUAAUUAAUUUUGAUAUGGAUGUUAAGAAAUAUCUUAAUUUGUUGAGAGACUAAGGGUUAAAAUAUAUAUUUUUACAUUAUAUACGCGAUAUUUGGGGAGAAUAUACAUUUUUUGGAUGCAAAUUACUUAAUAUUAAAAAAGCGCUUUUUUGUGAUUACUGUUUGGUGUUUCUAUUAUUUUUAUAGCUUACUAUGUGUUCAUUUCUAAAAAAACUGCACCAAACUGUUUAUUAUUUAAUAUAUUUUAGAAAGAACAAUCCCUGACAGGUGAAAUAAAAGACGUAGAGUGUGGUCGAACUGUUUUCCAACACAAAAGAUUUAUAUUUACUAAAUUUAUACAUUUUCACUAAAGUGGCAUUUUAAAGUUUUAAGUUGCUAUUGCAUUCUAUUGCCUACAAAUUUUAAGCAUCUCUUAAGUUAAUUCAUUCCCCAACUCUGCAUUCUUCGAAAAAGAUAACCAAUGUCUUCUUGACACAUUUAGUUCCAAGAAGCUUGACCCUUAGGCGACGAAAAUCCAUUAUGAAGCCAGGAAGUUGACCGAUACUUAGCAUGUCAAUUAGUGAAAGGUCAGGAGAUUUGGAUGUUCACGGAAUAACGAUAACUUGAAUGUUACGAAGGAACAGGAUUGACGUCUGAUGGUGUAUUGUAGAGCAUUAUUCUGUUGUACAAUUGGAUUUUUUACUUGCUCAAAAUAUCGAUAGUAAUUAACUUUAAAACAGUGUAGUUGUAAUCUUGAGCAUACUAUUUCUUUAAAGGAAUAUUAAUGAAGACUGAAUUUGCUUUCGAAUGAAUUUGCACCUCAUGCCAUAACUCAAUAAUUGAAUUGAAUUUCUCACUUUUACGAAUACGUCUUCAGCGAAUUCUUAUUUUAUUAUGAACCAAUAAACAAAAUUCAGAUCCACAUGUCACAUGUGUUACUUAGAGAUAGAAAUUUUAAAAUAACUUCUGUUUUUAGCAUUACUUAAUUUACGUGUGAUUUUGUUGUCAAAUUGUUCAAAGGUUCACCUUUUAACAUUUUGACCUUGACUUUAAACGGCAUUGACCUUGAACAUUACAUUGCCAUUGAACAUGACCUUUACCUUGAAUUCGACCUUAAACGACCUUGACCAUGAGCGAUCUUGACCCUGGACAACCCCCGCCCUAGGUCUUCUCCCAAGAUUUUGCUUCUCAGUCGAGAUCUCGAAGCCGCAAGUUACUAACCGUGACCCUGACCAAUUUCCUCCACCCUGCUCCAAACCGGUCUAACAGGACGUGACCUCGGUUUCCCCCACCCUACUCCAAACCGGUCCGUGAACUUAAACCGGUUUAACCGGUUUCCCCCACCCUACCGUGCUCCAGAACCGACAUAGAAUAUCUACUAGUAAUUUAUCAAUACUCGUGACACUUUAAGGAUUUGUUUCUGGAAUACGAACCAGUUACAUAUACGGUGUGAGUGGGGAGGAACGCGCCAAACUUUAAGACUGUAUAAUAUACGUAAAAAUAAUCAAAAAUAACUCAUAUAUGUUGUUAUUCGAUUUUCAUUAGUUUCCGAGAUACGGGGUGUUAAAAUUUUUAUUACAAACUGACGAUUUAUUUAUUGCUCUAAAACCGAUUCAGGUGUGCAAAUGAAAUUUGGUGGGUUUUAAGACAUAAUUAUUGCGCAUGUUAUGACAUAUAGUUAAGAAUUUUAUACUCACCAUUGGCGCGCGUACGGGUAAUUGUCUGAAAUAUUUAAAGAUAAAAAUGGUACGCUACUGAAAUAUUUAAAAUUAAAAAUCAUUCUUGAAUUCCUCGUUCAAUUUGUGACAAAAAAUCUAUCUUCCCUUUUUUUCAUGUGACGCUUAGUUUUCAUACAAAAAAUAAAAUAUAUUAACGCUUACAAAGUUUUCGACGAAGUUUCUAUAUGAAUGUGUAGAAACUUAUUUCGAAUACUUUGUAAGCGUUAAGAUAUUUUAUUUUUUACAUCAAACCGAAGCGUCGUAUGAACAAACAUGAAGAUAGAUGGUUUGUUAGAAAUUGAACAGGGAAUUCAAAAAUAAUUUUUAAUUUGAAAUAGCUCAGUGGCGUACUAUUUUUUUUCUUUAAAAAAUUUCAGACUUUUAUCCGUGCGCGCGUCAAUGGUGAAUAUAAAACUCUUAAUUGUAUGUCAAAAUAUGCGCAAUAAACCCACCUUAAAACCCACCAAAUUUUAUUUGCACACCUCAACCGGUUUAAGAGCAAUAGAUAAAUCGUCAGUUUGUAAGAAAAAUUUUAACACCCCAUAUCUCGGAAACAAAUGAAAAUCGAAUAACAACAUAUGAGUUAUUUUUGAUUAUUUUUAGGUAUAUUAUACAGCCUUAAAGUUUGGCGCGUUCCUCCCCAUUCACCCUGUAUAUCAAACAAUUCAAUUACACCGAAAUGUUCUUUGUAAAAUAAUCUUUAUGGGAAUAUAGUAUAGUGAUAGAACGUAUAAACUGACUAUCAUUUUUUUUAAUUCGCAAUAGAAAAAAUUAAGGUUGACACAAUCUUAUACAGUCGCUAUAAGUAAUCAUUUAUUUUGCGAAGAUGGUAGAAUGUUUUAUUUAUAUAUUUUUUGCUUUUUUAUAUUUUGAUUAAUGCACAAUAUUUGUGCCAAUUUGAGGUUAUAUAGCCAAACAGGUUAGUGAUAUUCGAUACUAGCAAAAUGUGUUAGUAAACUCGUGUUUAUUUUACAUUCUAGUAAACUUAUUUAUUUAUAAAGA